UCAGGACAGCGACAAUGUUUGUACGGAUUGUUUAUUUCCUUGCAAUUCUACAUUUGCUCUAUGGCGAAAUUCCCGAAGUGGAAGAUCUGAAUCUUCCACAUAUACCAUCUGGAAUAAAAGCCAUGAGCAGCAACGGAGAGCUUAUUGACAUCACCACCGACUCGGAUGAGGACCUCGGCGCAAAACUGGCAGAGCACAGGAUGCCCAGCCCCAGGCUGGAAGGGGAAGAGGACCUCAGCGCCAGAUAUGGAGUGCACAGGAUGCACAGCAGCUGGCCAGAAUGGGAUAACACCCCCAGAGCCAGGUUGGGAGAGGCCAUUGACCCCAGUACCAGACUGGGAGAGGCCAUUGACCCCAGAGCCAGGCUAGGAGAGGCCAUUGACCCCAGUGCCAGACUGGGAGAGGCCAGAGCCCCCAUGGCCAGAAUGAGAUACAACAGAGCCCCCAGUCACAGAAACAGAGAUGCCAGUGCCCCCAUGGCCAGACGGACAGCGGCCAGUGCCAGGCUAAUAGAGGCCAGCACCAUAAUGGCAGAGGCCGGCACCAGACUGCGAGAGGCCAGGACCAAGAGCACCACUUUGGGAGAGGCCAGCACUCCCAGCACCACCGUGGGAGAGGCCAGUGUCACCAAAACCACCGUGGGAAAGGCCAGUAUCCCCAGCACCAGUGUAGGGGAGGCCAGUACUCCCUAUAUCACAGUGGGAGAGGCCCAGGCCCCCAGCACCUCUAUGGGAGAGGCCAGGACCCUGAGUUACACGGUUGGAAAGGCCAGCACUUCCAUCACCACCUCGGAAGAGACCAGUGUCACCGGAAACCUCAACACUAAUGUGGGGAAAGUCAGCACCCCCAGUGCCAUCAAGGGAGAGGCCAGUGCUCCCAGCAUCAGAAUUGUGGCGUGUGUGCUGCUUGUGGUGUCUAUAAUGGUGUUCAUUUCAACUGCCGGUUUAAUAGUGCUGUAUCGCAGACAAGAACAGAAGAAAUGCAAUAGCACUGACAUCGAACGUGCGGAUAAUGCAUCCAUUCCAUGAGUGCGCUUCCAUCAUCUGAUUAACCAUCAGGGUGGUUAUCUAAAAAAGAUCACUAGCCGCCAAACGAGCGAGCAGUGA